ACUGUAUAUUUUAGUGUAUACCAUCUGUAUCUAGGAUCUGUCUGUAUACAUAACUACAUAAGUGACGUUAUUGUCAUAUAACAAUCCUUCGAGUUUGUUGGUGUUUAUUUCGUUCACAAAAUAUUUCGAAACGAUAAAAAUAUCAAAUAUCCUUAGCAUGCUUAGCUAUGCUUGGUUUUUAUACGUUUAAAAACAUUAAACAUGUGGGUAAAACCUCAAGAAGUGUUUUUGAAAACUCCUCUGUGGGAUAAUGAUGAAGUCACUCUAUAUUUUGUUCUGCAAAGAAGAAAAGGGCAUGGAAAAUCAAAAGGUCUUUCGUCCCUUCUAGUGGGUACAUUAGACAGCGUACGAGAUACGAAACCUGCACCUUAUCGAAUUUUACAUCAAACUCCUAACUCUGAAAUAUACUAUGUUAUUGCAACAGCUUUAACUGAACAGGAGAUCCGCCAAGACUGGCAGUGGCUUUUCGAUAAUGUUAGCCCAACUUUACAUUCUUUUGAUUCUGAGGAAGAAAUUACAGAAUUUGUCUGUUGCAAAAUUAACUCAAUUAUUGCAACAGAACAAGAAAACUUUACUGAAGAUGAAGAUACCAUCACAUAUAAAAAUGUUGAUUAUGAAUUUCACCAAAGAUUUUUGAUGCCAAAAGAUGAAAAGUUGGUCUGCUAUUAUUCCUGCAGUUACUGGAAAGGUAAAAUGCCACGCCAGGGUUGGAUGUAUUUUUCUGUUCACUACAUGUGCUUCUACUCUUAUAUAUUUGGACAUAAAACCAGUUUGAAGAUAAGAUGGGCAGACGUCACCGAACUUGCCAAAACAAACAGCCUAUUGUUUCCCGAUUCCAUCAAAGUAGUAACCCGAGAUGGGGAAUACUACUUUACAAUGUUUUUAAGGAAAAAUGAAACUUUUGCUCUUAUGCAACAAUUGGCAAAUAUUGCUAUGAAACAGUUAAUUGACGAUAAGUCUGCUACAUUUAAUCUCGAUAAAGAUUUAUUGACAAAACUAAGCAAAAAUGUUCCUAAGAAGGCAUCUUUUCUCAAGCGGGAUUUGGAUGCAAGGAAACAGUCAAAUUCAUAUACAUUGAGAUUUCGAUUACCUCAAACUGAAAAAUUAGAUGGCAGUGAGGAAUGUACGCUAUGGACACCGUACAAUAAGAGGCAUAAUUGGGGAAGAUUGUAUUUGUCACAGAAUUUCAUUUGUUUUGAUAGUCGGGUACGUCAUCUCGUCCGUUUAAUAAUACCUCUUCGUAACGUGCAUCAAGUGGAGCGCGCGGACUCCGGAGGAACGGGUAGUUCAGGAGAUUCGGGCAGCAUCCUUAUUACUACUGCACACCACACCAGCUUUCUCUUUGGAAACAUAUCUGAUAGAGAUUUCCUGGUUCACAAGAUGUCCGAACUACUAGCGAAAUUGCCCAAUGAUAUGUACAGGGAGAAGCCGACACAAACGAACAGACAGGAAGGAGACGAUUGGACACCUCAACCGCCUCUCAUGAUACUAUUCCGAACUCACCAAACUUCAACUAUCAAACAGAUACAGCAGAAGAAAGAGAAACAAUGGGAAGAUCAUAUGGCUGAAGUAGGCCGUGGUGUCAGUAUGUAUCGAACCACCGAGGGCAGUGAACUUGUAGUAAACGGUAUACCGGAAGCACUUCGUGGUGAGCUGUGGAGUGUGUUUUCCGGUUCUAUACUACAAAAGGCCCAAAACAAAGGCCUGUAUGAAAAAUUGGUGAAUGAAGCUUUGUCUUCGAAAAAUCAAGCGAAUGAUGAAAUUGAGAGGGAUUUGCACCGGUCUCUGCCCGAACAUCCAGCUUUUCAGAAUGAUGUUGGUAUAUCCGCAUUACGUCGUGUACUAUGUGCAUAUGCACUUAAAAACCCAACCAUUGGUUACUGUCAAGCAAUGAAUAUUGUAGCGUCCGUGUUAUUGAUCUACUGCCCAGAAGAACAGGCGUUCUGGCUACUGGCUACGAUAUGUGAAACGUUACUGCCUGAUUACUAUAACACUAGGGUCGUGGGAGCUUUGGUGGAUCAAGGAGUACUAGAAGAACUAACAAAGGCCCACUUGCCCGAACUCCACGCAAAGUUGGAUGAACUUGGGAUGAUGAAGAUGAUAUCUCUAUCCUGGUUCCUGACACUUUUUAUAAGCGUGAUGCCUUACGAGUGUGCCGUUAAUGUGAUGGAUUGUUUUUUUUAUGAUGGCGCUAAAGUUAUUUUCCAGGUAACCCUAACUAUUCUGGAUAUAAAUCGAGAGAAGCUACUGAAGUGCACAGAAGAUGGACAAGCGAUGCAGGUCUUAAACGAGUAUCUCGAAGGCAUUUACAAUGAUGAAGCAAUGGCUUUGUCUACUGAACCUCGAACUGCGGAAAAAACGAUCAAAAUUCAAGAACUGGUGUACCAGUCAUACCGCUCGUACGGGGCGCUUGUCAGCGGCGAAAACAUUGAGCACCUGCGACUGCGACACCGCCUACGCGUCGUGCGCCAGCUCGAGGACAGCCUCGAGCGGAACACGCUGCGCGCGCUACAGCUGGACCGCCUGCUGCUGCCCGACGAGCUGCAGGAACUUCUGAGUGUGAUCCGUGAAGAAUUGUUUUGGGCUAAACGUGUUCCGUGCGAGCGUCUGGAAGCUCCAUAUGAAGCAUACAGACUCGACUACGGGCAGUUCAAGACGCUUUUUACUGCUCUCUCGCCCUGGGCAAAAGGAGAUUACGCUGAGGCAAUAACCGCAAGGAUGUUUAAGCUGAUGGACCACGACGGCGACGGGCUGGUGAGCGCGCGCGGGCUGAGCGUGGCGCUGGGCCUGAGCGCGCGCGCCGACGCGCAGCGGCGCCUGCGCGCGCUGUUCUGUGCGCACGCGCCGCCGCUGCUGUCGCCGCUGGAGCUGCGGCCCGCCAGCUACACCGACACCGGCGAGGAGCUGGCCGCCGACGCCAUCUCCUUCUUCGACUGUGUAGAAAAUCCAGCGACGCCGGAGCCGGCAAUGCAGCGGUCCAUUAGCGAAGUGUGUGGUGAAGGGAAUCCAAUGGACAAAUCAACGGACAGCGCUUAUAGUCAAUGUGAGUCCGGGUCGAGCGCGGAGUGGGUGCGCGCGUGCGCGUUGGCGGGGAUCGGCGCGGCGGGCACCCCGGGCACGCCGGGCGUGGCGGGCGCGCCGGGAGCGCCGGGCACGCCGGGCGCGUCGGGCGUGUCGGGCUCGCCGCCCGCCGCGCGCUCGCCGCCGCCGCUGCCGCGCGCGCACUUCCUGCGCCUGCUGGCCGCGCUGCACGACCUCACGCACCACAGCACGCCGCUCUACGAGGCCGUCGCGCGCGCCGGCACACUGCUGUUGCAAUUAGGCGAGCUGACCCAUCGACCAGCCUUAGACCGGGAGGUGUCUCAAGACAGUCUCUUCUUAGCCGCUGCGGCGCAACCUAUUAUUGAGGUCGAUUCGAAUGGCAACACCACAGAAAUACCCCCUGAAAGAGAAAUUCAGCCAUCCCCAUCAAGAGACAGCGAUCCUUCAGAUGAGGGCGCGUGGUCCAUAACAUUGGAACAAUUUCUAGCCACAAUGUUAGCGGAACCAUUGCUAGAGGAAUUCUUCAAUAAACAAGUGCCUCUAAUGCCGGCUUUAGAGGCACUUAGACAACGAGAUAGGCUUCAUUCAGUCUCAUAGUUAUCGACAGUUAAUUAACUGAAGCUGGUAAAACACAUUUACAUAUUGCUCUUUUGUAGUAUCUGUGAGCAAGCGUGGAUCGCAUAUUAUGUUAAAUAAAAAAAAUCAUUCUGUCGUGUGCACGCGGGCGAUAUAAUGAAGAUGAUGACAUAGACAGAUAAUGUUUGGUCGGACUAUGUUCAGUUGACAAUGUAUUUAUACAAGAUUCUAACCGAUGAUGAUGAUGAUGACUUCGUUACGAUUUCACAAUAAUUGUUUUCAGGGUAAUUAAAGUUACAUCACUUUUAUAAAUUAUACAAUAUACCGAGAUGAAAUAUGUAAAAAGUUUUCAGUUAGACAAGUUGAUACUGUUAUGAUUAAUUCGCAACCGCAUAUUAUGUGGUAUGAAUGUGUCAGUUUCAGAUAAUUGAUUUAUACUUAUGUAUGUAUGUAUUUUGCAUGGUCUUAAGACCAAUGUAACAAAGUAUGCAGAGCUUUUUGUAAUUUUUAAUAUACAAAAUUGUUCUUACUUAGGACUUAGCAUAGACAGCUAGUAAGUGAUUAAAGUGAAUUGCGACAUUUAAAACAAAAGACA